CAACAAGAAACCAGAUUAGUGGGCUCAAUUUUAAAAUUCAGUAGGAAGAAAGUUGAAUUCUCUAAAGAUGUUGGACCAUAUUAUAAUAGAAAUAUAUGAACAAACCUGUUUUCUUUUAUUCAUAUCCACACCAACAAAACCAAAUUACAGAACCCAAUUCUUUUGUUAGCUCCCCUCUUCUAUAAAUGCCUCUACCAUCACAACUCCCUCAAAUGCAUAGCAGCUCUUGGAGCUUCUGAUAGGAAAAAGGUUAGUUUUCUUUGCAUUGAAGAGGAAAAGCAAAAUGGUUGUCAAGCUGCUUGGGCCUGCCUAUGCUUCCUGCAGCAGAAGGGUGCUUGCAUGCCUGAUAGAGAAAGAUAUUGAGUUUGAAAUUGUGCAUGUUGACAUAUUAAAAGGGGAGCAGAAAAAACCAGAGUUCCUGGCCUUACAACCAUUUGGAAAAGUUCCGGUAGUCCAGGAUGCAAGUCUCACGUUGUUUGAGUCAAGGGCUAUCAUAAGGUACUAUGCAGAGAAAUAUGCAGGUCAGGGGACUUGUCUGCUGGGCAAGACUUUGGAGGAGAGAGCAUUGAUUGAACAAUGGCUUGAAGUUGAAGGACAGAACUUUGGUCCUCAUGCCUAUGCGUUAGUUUAUCAGCUGAUCUUAGCCCCAAGGAUUAAUGUGCCUCAGGACAAGGCCUUGAUUGAGAGCAGUGCCCAAAAGUUGGGAGAAGUGUUGGAUGUGUAUGAAGAGAGGCUUUCAAAGAGCAAGUACUUGGCAGGAGACUUUUACAGCCUUGCUGACCUGUCUCAUCUUCCAUUUACUGAGUAUAUAGCGAAUGCUACUGAUAAGGGAUAUCUAAUUAGGAACAGGAAACAUGUGAAUGGAUGGUGGGAGGAUAUUUCGUCCAGACCUGCAUGGAAGAAGGUUUUGGCUAUGUGAAACCAUGGAUCAUGUGACCAAGGUUUCAAAAUUUUACUGUGCUUUGUAAAAUAACAACACCCUCAUCUGUUUUGUAGAUGGUGAAACGUCACCUCUUGUGUUUCAAAGAUUGUGUUGUAACAUACUGUAGUAUCUUUUCACAUAAAUCCAUGACAUGUUUUUGAUUAAGGUAAUAUAAAAUCUGGGUUAUAGCA